UCUCUCUCUCUCUCAUCUUCCUCCACAGUGAUACUGAAUACAACAAAACAGAGUUAAAGUGGAACUUAUCCAGAACUAUAAUGGCGGUGCUCCUCCGUUUCUCUUGCUUCCUUCUUCCUCCCGACUCGCCCGGUUUUCGCCACCGCAACUCGCCGUCCCUCCGAUUUCCUGUUAGGUUCAGUACUUCUCUUCCAAUUGAACUGAAAAAGUUCAUCUCAUCACUUGGAGAUGGUUCAGUUGUAAGAUGCAAAGCCUUACAAAAAGAAGAAGACAUCCAACCUAUAGCUAAGAUUUUGAAGUCGAAUGAUCCUAAAACUUCCAUGAUUGAAUGGACACGCAAUACCGUUUCUUAUGAGCUCAUACAACUUGGAAGAUCACCAUUGAUGGUGUUUAUUAUUAGUAAUGCCUUGCUAAUGAGUAUGCCAUUUGAUGCUUUGGCGGAAACAUGCGAUACUGAUAAAUCUGUUUUCACUAUGCCUGUAUUGCUGCUUGUUGCUCUAGUUGGUGCCACUGUUGGAGGACUGCUUGCACGACAGAGGAAAGGGGAACUGAAGCGGCUGAAUGAGCAGCUGCGGCAAAUUAAUGCUGCUUUAAGAAGGCAAGCAAAAAUAGAAUCUUAUGCUCCUAAUUUGAGCUAUGCUCCUGUAGGGAGUAGAAUAUUAGAUAAUGAAGUAAUUGUUGAUCCAAGAAAGGCGGAACUAAUGUCCCAUUUAAAAGCGGGCAAAAACUUUUUGAGGAAUCAGGAUCCAGAGCAGGCCUUUGUGGAAUUUAAGGCAGGUCUUGAACUUGCUCAGGAUUUGAAAGAUUCUACCGAGGAGAAGAAGGCUGCUAGAGGCUUAGGUGCAUCGCUGCAAAGGCAAAGCAAGUAUCGGGAAGCUAUAAAGUAUCAUAAGUUGGUUCUAUCGAUAUCAGAAAGGGAGGGUGAGAAUUCUGGGAACACCGAAGCAUAUGGAGCAAUUGCAGAUUGUUACACUGAGCUUGGGGAUAUUGAGGAAGCUGCAAAGUUUUAUGACAAAUAUAUCGCUCACUUGGAAUCCGACUGAACGAUGACUGAUCCAUUCAUUUUGCAGGUCUCACUCCCCCUCCCCCGUUUGUCUAUUGAAAAUCCCUUUAUCUCAUGUGUGUGUUUCAGCUUAGUUUUGAACUUAUGGGGUAGAACAUUGCCAAUUUGCACGUAAUAAUGGCAGACAUCUUGAAUACUCCUCGUGAGCCAGUGUUUUUGACAUAUUUUUAAUUUCUUGUAAA